CUGUGACUUCCGGCAGCCUGACAGUCUUGAAGUGGGUGAAAGGGCGCGAGGAGGCGGGGGUCUGUCCGGUUCUGGAAGGUCGAGCUGCGGAUCCCGAAGCGACUCCGAAUAAAAAACUCCGAGGACAGAAUCCGAGCAAAAUGCUGCAGAACACCGGGAAGCUCGCUGGCUGCACGCUCUUCAUCACGGGCGCGAGCCGCGGCAUCGGAAAAGCCAUCGCGCUGAAAGCGGCGAAAGACGGCGCCAACGUCGUUAUUGCGGCAAAGACGGCCGAACCACACCCCAAACUGCCCGGGACUAUUUUCACUGCCGCCCAGGAGAUUGAGGCGGUGGGCGGCAAGGCGCUGCCCUGCGUGGUCGACGUGCGAGACGAGCAGCAGAUUGACGCCGCCGUGCAGAAAGCUGUCAACACAUUUGGAGGUAUCGACAUCCUGGUGAACAAUGCCAGCGCCAUCCAGCUGACCGGCACGUUGGCCACGCCCAUGAAGAAGGUUGACCUCAUGCUCGGCAUCAACCUGCGCGGCACCUACCUCACGUCCAAGCUGUGUCUGCCGCACCUGCUGAAAAGCCGUAACCCGCACAUCCUCAACCUGUCGCCACCCCUCAACCUCAACCCCAUCUGGUUCCAGAACCACACCGCAUACACCAUGGCCAAGUACGGCAUGUCCAUGUGCGUGCUGGGCAUGGCCGAAGAGUUCAGAGGUCAAGUGGCCGUCAACGCCCUGUGGCCCAAGACAGCGAUUGAGACAGCAGCGAUGGAGAUGAUGGGCGGAGCCGGUGUGGGCGCGCAGUGCCGGAAGGUGGACAUCGUGGCAGACGCCGCCUACACCAUCCUGUCACAGCCAAUCAGCUACACCGGCCACUUCCUGGUAGACGAGGAUGUUCUGCGAGAGCACGGCGUCCGCGACUUCGAUUCCUACGCCAUUCAGCCAGGUCACCCGCUGUUACCAGAUUUCUUCCUGGACCCGGAGACCGAGGGAGCGGCCAAGCAGACUCAAGCACACGGAGCGACGCCCACGUCAACGGACACGCCCCCCUCCGAUGGACCAAUAGAAAACACUUUUAACAUCAUCAGAGGCGUCAUCAACGCCGACGUUGUCAAGGCAACGCAGGGCGUGUACCAGUUUGACCUGUCAGGCGAGCACGGCGGCGUCUGGUUCCUGGACCUGAAGAGUGGCGCCGGCAGCGCUGGGCAGGGCCAGCCGCCCGUCAAAGCCGACGUGGUCAUGAGUAUGGACUCGGCCAACUUCAGCAAGAUGUUCUCAGGCCAGCUGAAGCCCACCAUGGCGUUCAUGACGGGAAAGCUGCGGAUCAAAGGCGACAUGACGCUCGCCAUCAAGCUGGAGAAGCUCAUGGCCAGGAUGAACAAGGCCAAGCUGUGACAUCACCACCACUGAAGAAGACGAAGAUGGCGUGCGCUGCCUCGCUCGUGUGAUCGCGUCCGUCACUUUGUGAAAUACAAGUGCUGCUUCCUGUGUUUUUGUAAACUAAUUUCAAAAUAAAAGUCCUCAAGUAUCCCUGAA